ACCAGGGCCAGGCCCCAUCGGUGUUCAGUGUCUGCUGAAGCCUACCAGCGGCUCUGCUUCCACGAAUCAGAGCAGGCUGGCCACCAUGGUGCCCUUGGGGCCAUUGCCCAGGGCCUGCUGGACUCUGCUCAUCUCUCUGCUUCUGGUCUGCUGUCUGCUGCCUCCAGGUGUCCAGGGACAGGAGUUCCUGCUUCAGGUGGAGCCGCAGGACCCUGUGGUACUUGCUGGAGAGUCUCUCUUGGUAAACUGCAGUACAGAUUGCCCCCAACCUGAACUCAUUACCCUGGAGACAUCCCUUUUCAAGGAGUCAAUGGGCAAAGGCCUGGGCUGGGCAGCCUUCCAGCUCAGCAAUGUGACUGGUGACAGUGUGGUCCUAUGCUCCGGCUUCUGCAAUGGUUUGCAGAUCACAGGCUCAUCUAACAUCACAGUAUACCGGUUUCCAGAGCAUGUGGAGCUGGCACCCAUGUCCCCCUGGAAGCCUAUAGGCAAAAAUCUCACCUUGCGCUGCUGCGUGGAAGGCGGGGCACCCCGAACCAGCCUCUUCGUGUUGCUGCUCCGUGGGGAGGAGGUGCUGAGCCGGCAGCUGGCAGUUGGGGAGCCUGCAGAAGUCAAUACCACGGUGUUAGUGGGCAGAAACGAUCACGGUGCCAAUUUCUCUUGCCGCUGGGAACUGGACCUGCGGCCCCAAGGGCUGGGACUGUUCCAGAACAGCUCAGUCCCCAGGCAGCUCCAAACCUUUGUCCUGCCUGUGACGCCCCCACGUCUCUUUGUUCCCCGGUUCUUGGAGGUGGGAACAUCCCAGGUCGUGAACUGCACCCUGGACGGGCUGUUUCCCGCCUCUGAGGCCCAGGUCCAACUGGCUCUGGGGGACCAGAUGCUGCAUCCUACAGUAGUGAGCCACGGUGACACGCUCAUGGCCACAGCCACAGCCACAGCAAGCGGGGAACUAGAGGGAGCACAGGAGAUUGUCUGCAAUGUGACCCUGGCGGGGGAGAGCCGGAAGACUCAGGAGAACUUGACCAUUUAUAGUUUCUGGGGGCCCAUGAUGAACCUGAGCGGGACCCUCAGGAACCUGAGCCAGCCGACAGUCCCUGAGGGUACCACAGUGAAUGUGACUUGCGCUGCUGGAGCCCAAGUCCAGGUGACGCUGGACGGAGUUCCCGCUGUGGCCCCAGGACAGCUCGCCCUGCUUCAGCUAAACGCCACUGAGAGGGACGACAGACGCAGCUUCUUCUGCAAUGCCACCCUCGAGGUGGAUGGGGUGGUCUUGCACAGGAACAGGAGCGUCCAGCUGCGUGUACUGUAUGGUCCUAAGAUUGACCCAGCCAAAUGUCCUCAGCACUUGACGUGGAAAGAUAAAACAACCCAAGUCCUUCAGUGCCAAGCCCGGGGCAACCCGGAUCCCCAGCUACGGUGUUUGCAUGAAGCCUCCAGUGUCCAGGUGCCCAUCGGGAUCCCAUUCCGCGUCAGGUUAAACUACAGUGGUAUCUACUACUGCCAAGCAGCCAACUCACAGGGCAUGCACUCUCUCAUCGUGGUGAUGAACGUUCAGGAUUGUAACUCCCUCACCGUCACCAUCGUCCUGGGGGUAUUGACGAUCCUGGGCCUUGUGACUGUCAUCGCGGCCUUAAUGUACGUCUUCGGGAGGCAUAAACGUAGUGACAAGUACGAAGUGAAUCAGGGGAGCGCCUGGUUGCCCCUCGCGUCUAAACAGCCUGACGAGGCGCCGGGGGAGUAGCCAUUCUGAGCCUCGGGCCAGCGGGGUAACGGGCCAAAGACGACGGGAGUUUGGCUGUAUCCCCUGGUUCCCCAACAAUAAAGCCCUCAAAAUCCGUGUCUGUGGCUUGAUUCCACCGGCGCUGAGGGGAUCUCCCAAUGCGCUGCGCGUCCGCUGAAUGACAUCUUGGGGGCGGAAAGUGGCGGAGGCUGUGGAGUCCAGACCGGGCCAGAACUCUCGGAGGCGGGCUGGGCCUUAGCCAAUGGGCUGAGGGAUUCGAGGAGGAGG